AUGUGCCACAACAACCUUCACCAACUAACUACUACAUCUUACCACAAACAACCUCACCAACUACUACUCCAUUGCCACAAACAACCUCACCAAACACUACUACAUCUUGCAACAAAAACCUUAACCACUACUACCAAAACAUCUACCACAACAAACCUCACCAAUACUUUACUAAUCUCUCACCAACUCACUAACUUAUUCUACCACAACAACCUCACCAAAAACUACUGCCUAAACAAUCUUCCCAACCAAACAACAUUCACCAAAUACUACAUUCCCACAACAAACCUCACCAGUUACUUACCACAAUCUUACCACAACAACCUCACAAAACUACUACUACAUCUGCCAACAACAACCCACCAACUACUACUAACACUGCCACAACAACCUCACCAACUACUACAUCACCCGAAAAAACCUCACCAACUACUACCACAUCUACCACAACAACCUCACCAACUACUACUACAUCUGCCACAAAACAACCCUCACCAAACACUUACUAAAUACAUCUACCCAACAACAACCUUACCAACUACUACUACAUCUGCCACAACAACCUCACCAACUACUACAUCUCCCACAACAACCUCACCAACUACUACCACAUCUACCACAACAACCUCACCAACUACUACUACAUCUGCCACAACAACCUCACCAACUACUACUACAUCUGCCACAACAACCUCACCAACUACUACUACAUUCCUUACAUCUAUCACAAAAACCUCACCAACUACUACUACGUCACCCACAACAACCUCACCAACUACUACUACAUCUAGCACAACAACCUCACCAACUACUACUACAUCUACCACAACAACCUCACCAACUACUACUACGUCACCCACAACAACCUCACCAAAACUACGAACCAUAUCUCACACAAACAACAGCACCAAUACUACUACAUCUACAACAACCAACCACAACCAACUACUAGUAAAUCUUUCCAACAACAACCUCACCAACUACUACUGCCAUAUCCCACAACCAACGCCACAACGACUAACUAAUCUCCACAACAACCUCACCAUAAUACUACCACAUCACCCACCUCUCUCCCCCCCCAAACCUCACCAACUUACUACUACAUCUUGCAACAACACCUCACCAACUACUACUACAUCUACCACAACAACCUCACCAACUACUACCACAUCUCCCACAACAACCUCACCAACUACUAUCUCCACAACAACCUCACCAACUACUACUACAUCUCCCACAACAACCUCACCAACUACAACUACAUCUCCAACUACGACCUCACCAACUACUAUUACAUCUACCACAACAACCUCACCAACUACUACAUAUCCCACAACCACCUCACCAACUACUAUUACAUCUACCACAACAACCUCACCAACUACUAUUACAUCUACCACAACAACCUCACCAACUACUACUACAUCUCCAACAACAACCUCACCAACUAUACAUAUCACCACAAAAACAUCACCAAACUAUACAACAUCUCCCACAACAACCUCACCAAACUACUAUAAUACUCCACAAACAAUCCUCACCAACACUAUACCUCUGCCACAACAACCUCAACCACAUAUUAAUGAAUAUUCCACAACAACCUCACCCACUACUACUACAUAUCCCACAACAACCUCACCAACUACAACCACAUCUCCCACAACAACCUCACCAAAUACUACUACAUCUCCCACAACAACUUCACCAACUACUACUACAUAUCCCACAACAACCUCACCAACUACUACUACAUAUCCCACAACAACCUCACCAACUACUACUACAUCUCCCACAACAACCUCACCAACUACUACCACAUCUCCCACAACGACCUCACCAACUACUACCACAUCUCCCACAAUGACCUCGCCAACUACUACCACAUUUCCCACAACGACCCCGAUAACUACUACCACAUCUCCCACAACGACCUCUCAAACUAUUACCACAUCUCCCACAACGACCUCGCUAACUACUGCUACAUAUCCCACAACAACCUCACAAACUACUACCACAUCUCCCACAACAACCUCGCCAACUACUACUACAUCUCCCACAACAACCUCACCAACUACUACCACAUCUCCCACAACAACCUCACCAACUACUACUACAUAUCCCACAACAACCUCACCAACUACUACCACAUCUCCCACAACAACCUCACCAACUACUACUACAUCUCCCACAACAACCUCACCAACUACUACUACUACCACAUCUCCCACAACAACCUCACCAACUACUACUACAUCUCCCACAACAACCUCACCAACUACUACCACAUCUCCCACAACAACCUCACCAACUACUACCACAUCUCCCACAACAACAUCACCAACUACUUCAACAACCUCACCAACUACUACCACAUCUCCCACAACAACCUCACCAACUACUACUACAUCUCCUACAACGACCUCACCAACUACUACUACAUCUCCUACAACAACCUCACCAACUACUACCACAUCUCCCACAACAACUUCACCAACUACUACCACAUCUCCCACAACAACCUCAACAACACUCUACAUAUGCCACACAACCUCACCAACUACUACUACAUCUUGCCACCCAACCUCACAACUAUACUCUUCAUCUUCCACAACAACCUCACCAACUACUACUUACUGCUCCCACACACUCUCCAACUACCCUGCCAUAUCCCACAACAACCUCACCAACUACUACCACAUCUCCCACAACAACCUCACCAACUACUACCACAUCUCCCACAACAACCUCACCAACUACUACCACAUCUCCUACAACGACCUCACCAACUACUACCACAUCUCCUACAACGACCUCACCAACUACUACUACAUCUCCCACAACAACCUCACCAACUACUACUACAUCUCCCACAACGACCUCACCAACUACUACCACAUCUUCCACUACAUCUACCACAACAACCUCACCAACUACUACUACAUCUGCCACAACAACCUCACCAACUACUACUUCAUCUUCCACAACAACCUCACCAACUACUACUACAUCUCCCACAACAACCUCACCAACUACUACUACAUAUCCCACAACAACCUCACCAACUACUACCACAUCUCCCACAACAACCUCACCAACUACUACCACAUCUCCCACAACAACCUCACCAACUACUACCACAUCUCCUACAACGACCUCACCAACUACUACCACAUCUACAACGACCUCACCAACUACCACUACAUCUACAACAACCUCACCAACUACUACUAA